UGACGUCACGCGGAAGUGGGAUUUCAAAAACCCAAAACAGUCGAAUUUGCUGCAAAGUGUUUAUUAAAGUGUUUAACUGAAACCCAAAUGGAAACGUGGACCUGAGAGCGGGACCGGUUCUCCACGUGAAACCGCAGCGACACAAACACACGAGGUUUUAUUUAACGGUUAUUUAACCUCAGAGAUGAACGGGAGAGUCAACAGGAAGGUGGUGACGUCAGGGAGGCUGGCGGGGACGCUGAGUCCAGAGAGUCCAGCUCUGCCCCAGCCGGUUUAUUCCCUCUACUCUACAGACUCAGAGGACCAGGUCACGACGCUCCACAAGGAUCUGGACCAGUGUGCUGACGUGCUAAGUGGAAUCCUGCAGACGGAGCAGGCAGCUUCACGUCGUCCUCCCAGAGCUCUGGGGGGCGGGGCCACGGCCGGCCAAUCACAGCCGGGCAGGAAGACCCCGAAGAGGCCGCAGACAAAACCAGUCUCCCUAGGCCCUGCCAGAGCGGUCAAGGGUGGAGUGGUGAAAUCCAGAUCCUCAAAGGUGAUGACGAGGAAACUAGCUUCAAAAACAGAGCAGCAGAGUUCUGCGUCAGACCGGCCCGGCCCAGCGGUGAAGGUCCCCCCCCUCCAGAGACGAGCCUUUAAUCCCCCGUCAGACUCUGUUCCCCCCCACCGGUCCUCCGUCAGCAGGACCGCCACCCCUCGGCCCGUGAAGCCGCCGGGCUCCGGCCCGGGCCCGGACACCAGGAACCAGUGUGACGGGGAGGAAGAGCUGGUUCCGGUGAAAGACACCAACGUCCAGCGUUCUGCUACGCCAGUCCCAGUCCCAGUCCCGGCCCCGGGCCCUGAACCGGGCCCUGAACCGGGCCCUGAACCGGCCCCGGGACUCCUCGGUGGGGGCCGGGCCGACACGGAGGCCAAGGCGGAGACGGUCCGGUUCCUGCUGGAGGAGCUGAAGACUCUGAUCACCGUGAGAGGCAGUGCAGCAGAGCGGCUGCUGGGUCUCCUGGAGCAGACCGUGUCGUCCCUGCAGGCGAGUGCCGGAGCUCCCGCCGUCCGGCCUGAGAACCCAGACGUGUCGUCGCUGCAGGACUGGAGCGCUCCCCUCCCCAGGCUUCAGGCCCGGGGGGUUUUACUAACCUCUGGUGACGACCGUGUCCAUCUGUGUCCCAGGUCGGGAGGGAUUCAGGACGAGUCAGCGAGAGAGAGGGAAGUGGACGAGAACCCGGAGACACUUUCAGAAGUGCUCGGCCUCCAGGACCAGCUCGGGGCUGCUCAGGCCCGACUGCAGAACCUCCAGGAGGACUUUGCCGGUCUACGGGAAUCCCUGCAGGACUCCCGGAGCCGCCUGAGGGACGCCGAGGCCCAGAACGCUCUGCUGAAGACAGAUCUGCAGGACACCAGGAAGCGGCUGCAGGACUCCGAGCAGGAGAGACGGGAGCUCGCUCAUCUGGCCCAGCGGCGGCUGGAGGAGACGGCAGAUCUCAGACGGCUCCUCCAGACCCGACGCUCAUCGUUCCAGCGGGAGGCUGAGGACGACCCGCCGUCGGCAGGAAACCAGCAACCCUCGGCCCACAUCACCCAGUACCUGCUGUCCCUGGGCCCAAAGGAGGACGUGGAGCUUCCCAAACGGCCCUCUGGCCAGGAUCUGGGUCUGCAGGGGUCCCGGGUGCAGGAUCUGGGUCUGCAGGGGUCCCUGGUGCAGGACCUGGGUCUGCUGGGGUCCCGGGUGCAGGAUCUGGGUCUGCAGGGGUCCCGGGUGCAGGAUCUGGGUCUGCAGGGGUCCCGGGUGCAGGAUCUGGGUCUGCAGGGGUCCCGGGUGCAGGAUCUGGGUCUGCAGGGGUCCCGGGAGUCGCUCUGCUCCCACUGGUCCAUGAGAACCGGGUCCACCUUCAACACCAGAGACGAGGCGGCGUUCCAGGACGGACUGGAGGCCCUGGACGCCAGCAUCGCCAGCCUGCAGAAAACCCUGCAGCUGGACCUGAGGAAAUGACCCGGUCCAGCCCCCCCGACCCCCCGGCUGCUUUUUAUCAUCAUUAUUCUCAGGCCUGUUUGCUCUA